CGCGAACUCCACUCUGCAAAACUCUUUCGCGCCGCGCCGACUCUUAACCGAUCCUUUUGAGUUUUGAUCUUCCGCCGUUUGCCGCUAUCCCUAACCUUUCCGUCUCUCGAUUUCUUGUCGUUUCUUCGCCUUCCCAAAUCGAUCGUUUUCUUCUGGGAAUUCGAAAGUCCUCCGCUUUUAAUCUACGGAGUUAAUGUUAUUCUGGCUUUUUAGUGUAGAGUGAGUUCAUAACGUUUUUCGCAUAUUCUAUUCCAGACGUGAGUCUCUCCGUUUUCAUGUUUAAAAGGAAUUUUUGUUUUUUUCUUUCUUUCUUUCACUGAUUUUAUUUCGACCCAGUGAAGAGAAGACUGCACUGGCGACGAGUGACUAGAGUCUGAUCUGGAAAACGCACUGAAGCGGGUUCUAGGACUGUCACGUGUUUCGCGAUUUUAUAUUAUGAAAAAUGUUUCCUUUUAAAAGGAAUCCACUCUGUAAGUGAGUUUGCUUAACCUGGGAUAGUCCAAGUUUGGGUUUUUUUCCCUUUGAUUAGAGCUUUUUCCAAGAAAGCAUGGAAAACUGGGUUUGAGCUGUACAGAUUUCUCUUAUUUCAUCUCAGUGAAGAUUUUGAUUAGAAUUAGUUUUGGAGAAAAAGGAAAGUUUUGUUUAAGGGCAGGGUUUUGCCUUUAGAGCACUUAGUGCCAAUGCCUUCAAUGGGAAUGGGGAAGACCACAAGGGUUUUCAGGGCGAGGGUAUUAAGAUCCGGAAGGCAAAUGUGGAUCCCAUGUGAAGGGAAGAGGGUGCGAGCAAUUGAAGGGGAACAGUGGAUUGAGCUUCUUGACAGAGGUGAUGCAGCUCAAUGCAAGGAAAAUGGGUGGCACAGAAACAGUGCUUCUCUGAAGCAAGAAUCUUCUGGAAUUAUUGUUAAUACUACAACUGUUGCACCUCAGCUGGAUAGACCUGAAAGUGAGAAUAAAAAUGUAGAUAAGAUGUGGGGAAUUGUUUAUACAAGGAAAAGGAAGAGGGCGGAAUUCGAAAAUCCUGGUAUAGCAGAUAAUGGUGUAAAUUGGUGUUUGGAGCAUGGAAGGUUUGGCAGGCAGUAUGUUCGAAAGAGGUGUAAGAAGAAAAUUAAGGGAAGUUCUGCAGAAAGUUCACAGGGUCAUCCUGCUUCUUCCCUUAAACACAUUGUUAUUGUAAAUUCUUCACAUGCCAGUACAAAUUUGAUUUCUUGCUUGUUGAAUUCUAUAUUAUGUUACAUGCGGAUUACUAGUGUCAGCUUGCAUCACCUUUAUGGGUUCCUAAAUACGAAGCCAAUUCAUGAUUUAUACUCUUUGCAUGGAAUUCGUUUUCUUGAGGAAUGCCCUUCUGAAAUGAGACUCAGAGCUUGCAUCAUUUCUGGUGUUUGGUUUUCUCUGCCAAUCUUUUCUAUCAACUUUUCUACUGUUCCAUGUUGCUUUAUGUAUAUACACUCAAGUUUGUUUCUUAGACCAGCUUCUUCUUCCUACAUUCUUUGGACAUUCUCAAUGGCUUCCAAUGAGCGAGAUGUUAAAAUGGCUGUUGACACUGAGCAUUUGCUAUGUGAAUGUGAUGCUUCUGAGAGUGAUCAUUUGGGGCAGAAAGGGGUACCAUCUGAUAUUGAUUCUGGGAUGUGGGUGCUUGCACAACCAGUAGUUAGUGUUCCAAAAGUAACUGUUGGUAAUUUUCCAUGUGAUACUUCUGAGAGUGACCAUUUGGUGCAGAAAGGGGUACCCUCUAAUAUUGAUUCUGGGAUGUGGGUGCUUGCACAACCAGCACCUAGAGUUCCAAAAGUAACUGUUUGUAAUUUGCCAUCAAGGAAUGGUUGCACUAUCCAGAAGCGGAGGAGUACCUUUAGGUCAAGGAGAGGUCGGUGCCCUUCGGUUCUUGGAAUGCAGAAAGACAGCAGGGUGUUGAUUUCUAACAAUUUCAUGUUCAGACAUAAUGGCAUCCUAUCUUCCUCGUUGUCAUCUCGUUAUGGGCCUAGGAGUUCUGCUAAGAAAAUUCCCAUUGCUUAUACCCGUGAACUGAUAUCCGCCUCAGUGGUAGCAGGGCAAAACAUUGAUGCAAGAAGCUGUUCUGCAAAUUUAUUGGUUAUUGAAUCAGACAAGUGUUAUAGGGAGGAAGCAGCCAUUAUCACAAUGGAACGUUCUGUUUCAAAACAUUGGAUUCUUGUCGUUAAGCAAGGAGGGAUGGAGCGGUUCCAACUUACAGCUGAGAGAGUUAUGAGGCCAUGUGGCUCUAACCGCAUCACUCAUGCAAUAAUAUGGAAUACCAAUGAUAAUUGGAAGAUGGAAUUUCUUGAUAGGAAAGAUUGGCUGAUUUUCAAGGAACUUUAUAAGGAAUGUUAUGAUCGCAAUACACAGCCCCAAGCAGUGAGUUCUAUUCCUAUUCCUGGGAUAUCUGAAGUUUCAGGAUAUACAGAUAGCAAUUAUGUGCCAUUUAUUCAACCAGAUUCAUACAUCUCUGUAAAGGAUGAUGAACCAACACGAGCAUUGGCAAGCAGGACGGCAAACUAUGACCUUGAUUCUGAUGAUGAAGAGUGGCUUAAUAAAUUCAAUAAUCAAUCUUGCUCAGAGAACAAGCUUCAUGAGCAUAUUUCGGGUGAAAGAUUGGAGUUGAUAAUUGAUGCUUUUGAAAGAGGGGCUUUCUCUAAUCCAGAUGGUUUUGCUGAUGAGAAAGCUGCUUGUAGCGUUUGCCUGGAUUUAGAAAGGAAAGAAGUUGUAGAGGCUGUGUACAAUUACUGGUCUAAAAAACGGAAACAAAAACGAUCUACCUUGAUGAGGAUUUUCCAGUUGUACCAACCAAGGACUGAAGUGAUCCCAAAGUCUGUUAUACGGAAGAAAAAACUAUUCAAACGACAGAAAAGUCAAGCUGGAAGAGGGAAGCAACUAACUUUCUUGAAAGCUGUAGAAGAUGCUCAGCAGCAACAGAGUGCCAUGGUUAAGAUUAAAGAAGCUGAAGCUGCUGCACACAAACAGGAGUGCGUGGCUGUUGUCAAGCGGCAAAAGGCACAACAGCUCAUGGAAAGUGCAGAUUUAUUGACUUUUAAAGCUAUGAUGGCACUUAGAAUAGCUGAAGCAGCAAAGACUGCUGAAUCUGCUGAUGGUGCUGCAUCGUUCUUCCAUGGUUAAUCAAUCUGGAUUUCAUAUCCAUGACAAGGCUCUUUAUGGGAGGGAUAGAUUGAAGAGAUGAAAGCCUCAUGGCCAGUUUUUUGAAGGCGUCUUCCAGAGGUUAUGUUAGGAAAGAAUCGACUCUGUACAGAAUUAUUUAAGCGUAUUAGAUGGUGGCUUAUCUUUGGCCGGAGGUUUGAAUUUUUAUACUUUUUUUUUUAAUGUACAUUUUGUAUUAUUAGGCUUGUUUAAAGAGUGCAGCUAUGGGUUUAUUAUUUUUAUUUAUUUUUUGGUAGUUUAUGUAGGUAGUAAAUAAUAGCGUCUCAACAAGCCUUUUGCUUCACUUAUUUUAAGUUAGCUGUUCAACUGCAUUCAAGUGA